CGCUGUUGGAGCAGUAGUGUUGUUGCUGUCCGGUGUCCACACUUAAAAUCUGUCCGAAAUGUCUGCUAUGAACAGAAAGGUGAUACAAACUCUGGCUGAAACGAUAUCAAAGCACGCGGAGCACUUCAAUAAAACAGAAGUGGAGUUCCUCAUCCGGGAGUUCAAUGUGCUGCUGGGGGAGCAGACCGUCUCUGGAAGAGCAGUGCCCGGCCUGGACAGAGGGACGUUCAGGAGCAUCCUGCACAACAUCUUCGGGAUGACCGACGACAUGAUCAUGGAUGGGGUUUUCAGGACAUUUGACAAAGACAACGACAGCUUUGUUAGUAUGAAAGAAUGGGUUGAGGGACUGUCUGUAUUCCUUCGAGGGACCUUGGAGGAACAAAUCAAAUACUGCUUUCAUGUGUAUGACUUGAACGGCGACAACUAUGUCUCCAGAGAGGAGAUGUUCCACAUGCUGAAGAACAGCCUCAUUAGACAGCCCACAGAGGAGGACCCUGACGAAGGAAUCAAAGAUCUGGUUGAGAUCACACUUAAGAAAAUGGACUAUGACCACGAUGGUAGACUAUCGUUUACUGACUUUGAAAAGUCAGUAAGAGAGGAGAAUCUAUUACUUGAGGCUUUUGGAACCUGCCUCCCUGACACUACGAGUAUUGAGUCAUUUGAGCAUCAUGUGUUUCAGGAACAACUUGAAGAAUGAAGAGAAAUGGCAUUCAUGUGCAUUUUCAGAUAUUUAGUCU